UGUGCUUUGGGGCAAGGAAAAGUGGUGGGAAAGGGGCUGCGCGGCAGCGGUGCGGAGCCCGCGGUUAUGGCUGGCUCGAUGGAGUCGUUGGUCCAGCAGCGGCGGUGUCUCUAUAAGAGCUGCCGCGCCCCGCCUUGGAAGGAGACCUACCGGCAGCGAUGUGUGGAGCGCUUAAAGAACAGCCGGGCCAGGCUCUUAGACCGAUACCGCCACAUGGGAGAGAAUGCUGCUGCCAGCGGAGGAACGAGGAGUUCACUUCUGGUACAGGAGGUGAUGGAAGUCGAAUGGCAGGCCUUGCAGUCAGAGGAUGUGAAGCUGCUGUCCCUCCGGAAGAAAGACUCUUUCCUCCACGUUCUGCAAGAUUCUGAUGAAUUGGCAGUGUUGGAGGAAAUCCAGAAAGAGCUGAUUUUGCAAGAGCAGCUGGCCAUAGAGGAAUAUGAACAAAGCCUGCGCUUUGACGAGGAGUGCCUCAACGCGAUGCUUGAUGGCUUAGAUGCUGACCGCAAGGUGAUCUGCCCAGUUUGUCGAAGGAAUAACCUUGCCGUGAUGAGUCACGUGAUCACUUGCACCUGUGGACUGUGUGUCGGCACGCAGGGAAUGACUGAAGACAAGCUUCGGUCACUGCUAGGAGAUGAGGUAACAGAGCACAGCCAGUACUGUCAACACAGUCCGGAAUUUGCUGUAACUAACGGGAUGGAUGGAGAAACCAGUCUCCUCAUGAGUUGCCAGGUUUGUGACUUCUUGGCAGUUAUUUUGUAACUUCAGCUCUGCUGUGCUGCCUUCUGGGAAGAAUGCUGCUCUGAGAAUCACUUUUCUCCUCCCAAGCUUCAAAUGUUUGGAAGGCAGCUUGUGUAUCUUGUUAAUAAAUGUAGAUGUUUGCAAUGGGUGUAUUUGUAUAUAACUGCAGAAAGUGUUCUGUACUGCUUGCAGAAAGUAUUCUGUACUGCUACAUAUAAUUUAUAUUUUUUUAAUUUAAAGUGAAAUCUGUUGCUUUGUACACUGUCUUGCUAAAUAAAAAGCCUCUUAAAUGUU